GUCAAGUGUCAAAAUCUGUCACAAACAUUGAUCGCCUAAAAUAUUUUAUAAGUGCAAACUAUUAUUUGGUAACUUUGGUCCCAUAAGUGGGGAUAAUAACUUUAUAUUAUCUUUUCAAAAUUAAAUAAAAAACAGCAAAAUGGGUCAGAUUAUGGGAUCAUACGGGGCUAGAAAUGUAGAUCUCAACAUGGACGAUAAACCAACAUUUGAACACCAACAAGGAUUUAAUUAUGAACGAAAACAACGAGAAAUGAUAGCCAAGGAAGAGGACCUGAUAUCGGCGCGUAUUCCCCCAAAAUAUAGAGACUAUUGUGCUCACCAUCUCCUUGAUUACCAAGUGUGCCGUUACAAGAACAUGCCAAUGUUGUACAAGUGUGCUCAUGAGAAGCACAACUACUUAAAUUGUGAACAUGAAGAUUAUGUCCUACGCAUGAAAGAAUUCGAACGUGAGCGUCGUUUGCGGCUACGAGAAAAUCAUCUUGUUAGAGUUGCAUAAACUGUCAUCAAUUCGAAAAAUCAUACUGUAAAUACAGAAAUAAAUAGAUUACCACAAUAAUACUGCUUUUAUAAUG